UGGGCUUCAACGUAAUGUUCUCUAUUACAUUUUCCUGAUGGAACCCAGCGCGCGUGUUUUUGCCGAGCGCCUGUUGUCCGAUGCUGCGCGCUUUUGUCGCUGGCCUGACGGGCAACCGUUACGACUAACCGGCUUGGACAACAAUGCACCGAUAGCAACAGUGCUAGGGGGCUUUGUCUUCGACUUGCAACGGCAGUUCGUCCGCUGCCACUGCUCGUCCUGCGCCGGGUUGCCCGUGCUUGUUGGCGAGGAUGUACCAGAUGACGAAACUUGCAUUAUGAGUCUUUUGGCCUUUGCCUUCCACGCAAGCGGCCCGGCACUGGAGCUAGCUGAAGCCAUUCUGCACGACAAAGGCCUGGACGAGCAAGCUGAAGACGAUGAGAUGCGGCGACUCGUGAUGGAAGUCUUGUUCGUACUAGAUGUGCCGUACAAUGACAAGGAAGUGUACGGUGAAGUACGACCGCCCCGCAGGUUGGGAUCACUGCCGCUAUCUGAGUUUCUUCGGCAGUCCGCCCAAGCGGCAGGCGGCUCGUCCCUGCUGGGUCAGCCCCUGCUGCUGCACGUCUUCACCGCGGCGGCAGCGGCGGACAGAGGGGCAGCGCGGGAUGGAGCAGCAGUACGGGAGGAGGA